UAUGGUUCGUGCUUUAUGUUCAAGCCGGCCGGAUUGUUUUGAAAAGUGAUUUGUCAACUGAAUUGUCAAAUACAAAUGAAGCUUUAUCGUAUUUUUAAAUUUAUUGGUUGACGAUAAAUGUAUCAAAAUUGGAUAUUACCGAAAGAUAAAAUGCAAAGUACUAUCAAGGAGCUUCUCGAGGCUUUGGGGUGCAACUUGGAAGUAGAUUCCGUUUUGGACUACAUACAGAAUGAUCCGAAUUAUGGCAACUGUAACCUUUCGCCAAAACAAAUUAAUGAGUACGCGCAGAGAUUGGCGCUAAAAGCUUCAAACGCUAAGAUAUUCCUUAAAAAAUAUGAAGAACUGAGAAAUAGAAACACUGACAACUUAUCAGAUAUUGUAACACUGUUUUACAAGUUGGUGUGUGAUGAAAAGAAAUCAAAAAAUUCAAAGCCUCGUGUUGCUCCAAAACCAAUACUUGGAGAUAAUAAACAUCAAAUUACCAAAGAAGAUCUACCACAGAUUAAAGACAAAUUAUUGAAAGCAGUGGAUGAAAGUAAAAAGCUAGUAAUGAAGUCAUUUGAAGAGAAAGAAGCAAAACUUCGCCCUAACUGGUACAAGAGCCUUGAUUUACCAAACUGGCAGAAAGAUCAUCCAGCUAUGUCAUGGGAUUUUCCUAAGGAGCCAGUUCCUAUUAUUUCAUCUUUGGCUGGUGUGCCAAUUGCUUCUCAAGAAAACAUUAUUAUUGAUGAAUUAUUGUACAUAUUCUCUGGAGUUCCGGGCAAUUAUAUUGUGCACCAGCCUGUGAAAGAAGCUUAUGACCAAAGAACAUUCUUAAUAUCAGAUGAGUUGGAUGAUGCGCUCAAGCAGAUUGUUCAGCAGAUGUUACCGCUGGCUUCCAAUUAUUCAAUUGUCAGGAGAUUUAUAGAGCACUGUAACAUGUGGUCUGGGCAAGUGUUGCAUGCUUUAGUUGCAGCCAUAGAGAUGCUUUUGAAAGACUACUAUACUAUGAUAGCGCAAUUAGAAACAGAACACAUGUCGUCUAACCUGACACUACAGAAGCUGUGGUACUUUGUUCUGCCCACAAUGCACACAAUGCAAGUUCUUGCUGCUAUAGUCACAAGUAUUGGAAAGAGUGAACUCCGGGGGGGCGCUGUUCUCACAGUACUGCACGACAAAACCAACACUCUCAUGGGCGACGUGAGAGCGCAGGAAAUAUCAUUAUUCCUAGCUGAACGAGCUUGCCGGCCGUAUCUCAAUAUCUUGGAUCAGUGGAUACACAAAGGAACAAUAACAGAUCCGUUUCAGGAAUUUAUGAUUGAAGAUAAUGAACUCAUAAAUAAAGAAGAGUUACCUGUGGAUUACUCUGCAGAUUACUGGGAAAAAAGAUACAGUAUCCAGAGGGAUAGAGUGCCGAAAUUCCUUGAUAAGUUUACCGAUAUCAUAUUGAGGACUGGAAAAUACUUGAAUGUGAUAAGUCAAUGUGGCAAAGCUAUAACAAAAAAUAACACAGAAGAAAUCAAAUAUUCACUCAGAGAACAAAACUACGGCGCCAUUAUUCAAAAAGCGUAUGCGUUCGCGAGCAAAUCUUUGCUGGAGUUAUUGUUGAAAGAAUAUGACCUGAUGGGCAGAUUGAAGUCAGUAAAAAACUAUUUCCUUAUGAGCCAAGGAGAUUUCAUUGUGCAAUUCAUGGAUGCAACAGAACAAGAGUUGUCCAAGAAGAUUGACGAUAUAAUACCAUCCAAGUUGGAAUCUCUUUUGGGACUUUGCCUUAGGCUCUCCGCUGCCAGCUACGAUCCAUAUAAUGAAGAUAUGAGAGUCGAACUCUUGCCAUACGAUUUGCAAUUCCAAAUGUUCAAAAUACUGUCUAUAGAAACAGAAGACGAAAAAGAAUACAAACAGAACAAAGACUGCCCGCCGUUGACCGGAAUCGAAACGUUCUCGUUCGGCAUGGAGGUGAAAUGGCCGGUCUCGCUGGUGCUCAAUCACAAGGCCAUCGCGUGCUACCAGAUGAUAUUUAGACAUCUUUUCUAUUGCAAGCAUGUUGAGCGGUUAUUGUGUAGGGUGUGGCUGUACAAUAAGGUAGUGAAGCGUUUCUCGGAGGCGCGGCUGUACGCGGAUGCGUUCGCGCUGCGCCAGCGCAUGCUGAGCUGCGUACAACAUCUGCAGUACUAUAUGUGCGUCGAGGUCAUCGAGCCCUCCUGGUGCCAACUUAUACAAAGCCUAGACAAGGUGCACAACGUGGAUGAGGUGUUGGAGCGUCACAACGACUUCCUGGAGUCGUGCCUGGGCGACUGCAUGCUCACCAGUCCGCAGCUGCUCAAAGCGGUCACCACUCUGUGCCUCGUCUGCGUGCAGUUCUGCGCCUUCAUUCAGGAGAUGCACAAGUACUUCGUGGACGCAGAGCUUAACAGUAUGCUUGGAUCGACGUAUGACAAUACAGACUAUAGUGAGGAUUCUGGGUGCGGGGGUCCCACGUCAAGCGGUUCCGCCGACUCGUUCUCGCGUUCGGUGUCUCGGUACGGGCUGAGAUUCACCGCCGCGUUGCUCUCUGUGCUCGCCAUCAUUGAACGAAUGGCCAGAGACAACAACACCAAUAAACUUCUCAACAUAUCGGCAAGAUUAAACUUCAAUACAUAUUACGUGAAGCAAUUAGAGAAGUUCUGCUCGGACGAUAAGCUCCUGGAUGGCGAUAAGAAGACUCCAACGUCCUCCUAGCAUAGGGCUGCGCGUACGCGCUCAAACCUCGUGACGUCAGUGUGACGCGCGUAUAUUCCAAGACUAUUCAACUGCAAUCUCGAAGCUCUCUUUUUAAUAAGGUCACAAGCUUGGUGCUAAUACUAACAAAUUGCAUCAAUAAAUUAUAGUAAUGUAGCAAUAACAUUUAUUAGUUACUGCACGAACAUGUACAUCAUAAUUUGAAAUUAUUAAUUUCUGUAUCGGCUAUUGAAUUUACGAUAAAAUAUUAAGUACUAUCAAAAUUUAUCUAUAAAAUAAUUCUUACCAUAUUCACCUGGAAUAUGUGUAACUUGCUAUUAUAAUUAAAAUAAUAAUUCAAUAAAUUUAAUCGAUAUAUAAUUUGCACAAUAAUUAAGAUAAUGGCAAUAAAUUAAAGUUGGAAAAACGUAUUAUGGUAAACUCACAGUAUUCUUGUCAAUUUUCCACCAGUCACAAAAACAUGUCAAAAAAAUUUUGUAGAAAUGUUACGUGAUUUUUAAAUAAAAUACAUGUAAAUAGUACGAAUGUGUUGUAUGGUGUAUCAGAAACAUGUAAAAGAAUUCUUAAAGUUCGUAUUGUGUGAUAUAAAAGCUUUUUAUAUUUAAUCCAAGUAUUAAUCUAUAACAAUAGGUACUUCCAACGAUAAAGACACUAUUUUUGAUAUCAUUUUCAUUAUUCGCCUCCAAUAUAAAAUUAUUUUUGUUAUUGUUGCAAAUAAUAUUCUUUUCCUUGCCAUUAAAUAGAUAAUAUUGAUAUCAAACAUAUGCGAUUAAACUUCCUUGUAUUGUGUUCAUUGUAAGAAAAUUGUAAUAUUGUGGUGAAAUUGAUAUAGAAAAUCCAAAUGCAUGUUAGGAUAGAAAUACAUUUUUAUGUAAUUAAUAACAAUAAUAGUAUAUUUAGUAUUACACAAUAAAAUUAAUUGAAUAUUACAAAUAAAACAGUUCAUAAAAAAUUGCGUAAUAUAGUUAAUGUAUCUUGAAAUCAUUUAAUUAUACAUUUAAGUAUUAUUAAAUUCAUAUCAUACGACGUACGAACGCUGCGAAAAAAUGUAUGUAACUUAAUGUACUGCUAAAUCCAAACUUGAAAGAAUUUAGAGAAAAGACGAAUAAACAAAUAAUAUUUAAACUAAUAUAGCAAAGGAUCUUUACCCAUCAUUACAGACAUUGAUCUACAUGUGUAUGUGAUUUGUAAUGCUUUCCAAUACCUAUGUAAUUUAAUGUUAUAGUGAAUAUAUGUCGCAUGUUAGGUAAAAUUUACACAUGUUAGUUAUCACAUAUGUAAUUUAAUGUAAUAAAACGGGAUUAGGGGUUGAAGUUGGAUAAAACUUAUGUAGAGAUUAUUCACCCUUAUUUAUAGUUUGCCAAAAUAUGUUCUUUAUGAAUUAGAUUCAAGAUAAAUUAAUUCAAUUUAACCACAUUUGUUGCAGUAAUUCGCCAUUUUUAUAAUGUGGAUAGCGGUACUGCAAAGCCUUGUUGACUGUGUUAAUAGUCAAAUAGAUAGGUGGGUGAAAAUUAGCAAAUUCUCUUAUAUAUAGGACGACUGUAAUAGUGGUUUGCAUCAUAUUUUUAUAUCCCGUAAGCAUUUUAAAGUGUUUCUAUAAAUUAUUGUCAUUUGGUGUGCCAUUUACUUAUUAUGUUAGCACUCAUUACAGUUAUAUGGCAUGCACUUGUUAUAAUACAAAGCUAGAAUAAUAUUGUCAGUUUUUGAUGUUGUAACCUUUUUUAAGCAACAGGCAAAUAUUUAUAAACAUGACAUUCUAAUAUUACAUUAUGCAUGUAAAUAAUGUUAUUGUAUAAAUAAACAAUAUUUACUAAACCGA